AAUAAGUUUCGUAGCAUAGGUGACAACGGUUACCCAAUUGCUUCCCUCCGCUACGCAACACAUCGGUUACCGCCUUAUCGGAACCACUCAUUGUCGGCGGUGUGGCAGUUUCAUUUCUCUUAUCUUCUUCUUCUUCACCUUCUCUUUAUUUUCAUCAUUCCAUUUUCAAUCCCAAUCACGCUUUCCAAUUCGAGUGAAGUUUGUCGUGCUCGGUUUAUUCAAUAAAGAUGAACACCAUCCAAGUUGUUGCAAGCAAUCCUAGGAUUUAUGAGAGAAGAAAAUAUCAGCCACGGCAUUUUCUUUCUACACCACUUGGAUUGUCAAUGAAUGCCAACCCUCUCUCUAGGACCUUUCUGAUCCCAAUUGCAAAACCUUCAUCUGGCUUACAAUGUGUGUCUGUUUUAAAAUCUCGAAAACCUCUCCAUGUUUGUUUAGCUGGUGGAAAAGGAAUGAUGGACAAUAGUGAGGAUUCCCAACGGAAAUCUCUUGAAGAAGCGAUGAAAAAUUUACAAGAAAAAAUUCAAAAAGGAGAAUACAAUGGGGGAAGUGGGUCCAACCCACCAGGUGGGCAAGGCGGUGGCGGGGGCUCUGGUGGAUCACAGGACGGAGGUUUUUCUGGAAUGUCAGAUGAGACCCUUCAAAUAAUUUUCGCAACAAUUGGCUUCAUAUUUGUGUAUAUUUACGUCAUCAAUGGCGUCGAACUUACAAAACUAGCUAGGGAUUUCAUCACUUAUCUGCUUGGUGGAACUCAGAGUGUUCGAUUGAAGCGAGCCUCAUACAAAUGGGUGCGAUUAUACAAGAAGAUUACUGGACAAAACGAAGUUGACGAGAACGGGUUGGAAAAUGCUCCAAUACGAUGGAAUGUUGCCGAUUUCUACCGAGACGUCCUUAGGAAUUUCAUCAAACCAAAUUCAAAUUCAAAUGAAUAAAAAUUAGGAGCAGCUCUUGAUGUCACACAUUGUUGAACCUGAUGAAUACCAGUGCAUUUGUGGAUUUGCUUAUAUUUUUUGGAAAAAGUUACUUUCUUUUGAUCAAAUUUUAUUUUGAUAUGAUUACAAAAAUUUCUUUUGACAUGAUUGCAAUUUCUUUUAAUACAGUUAUAUCUAGUACACAUUUAGCCUGAAAGUUAGAAGCCUUUCAUGUAAUUAGUGGUAAUUACACUGAUUAUUCUUGAGGUCAGUGUUAAUUACACUAAAAUAUUUGUUAUUUGAGAAAUUAGCUUGACGUUAUUCCAAGUAUCAUAAUGUAUUCUUCAAGAAAUUA